UCUGUUGAGUGUGGAGGUUCUAGGAGGUUCACAAUCUCUGUGUUUACCUGUGGUCGCGAAAUCUGGACACCCCGUCGCUCUUUGUGCUAAUCAUAUUAAAGAUGUAGCUGUUUCAGGUCUUCAAGUUUAGGAGGAGUUACAUGAAGUAUAGUGGCAAGCUCGUCACCCGAAGGACAUUCCUGUGGGACACCGCAUCAAAACCUACACAUGGCGGCAGGACGACAGAACAGCUCUUCCAGUGGAUCUCUGCCGGAAAUUCGUGAAGCUCCUUUGCUCCCACCUAAAGGGUCACUCAGUGAGGGGUCGUGUAAAUAUCGCCCACAAGGAUUUGAUCCAGACACACGUCUUCCAGUCGUCUACUGCCCGGCAUACAACAUCACAUUUUUUGGUCUAGAGAGGGUGCAUCCUUUUGACUCAAGCAAGUGGGGCAAAGUGUUUUCAUACCUUAAACAAGAAGGGUUCCUAACCGACAAAAACUACUAUCAGCCAAAAGAAAUUACAGAACAAGAGCUUCUAACAGUGCAUUCUGCAUCAUACCUGAGUAAAUUGCGGUGGAGUGCCUACGUGUCCACAAUCACAGAGGUGCCAAUAAUGGCCGUCUUGCCAAAUUGCAUGGUGCAACGAAGGGUGCUCAAGCCUUUUAGGUUCCAGACCGCAGGGACGAUUCUGGCAUCUGAGCUGGCUCUGGAAUAUGGUUGGGCCAUCCACUUAGGUGGGGGCUUCCAUCAUGCCAGUGCAGAACGUGGUGGCGGCUUCUGCUGUUAUGCCGAUAUCACCCUGGCAGUGAGGACACUUACAAAGAAAGGUUGCAUUAAAAAAGCUAUGAUCGUUGAUCUGGAUGCACACCAGGGAAAUGGACAUGAACGGGACUUUAUUCAUGAUCCUAAUGUUUAUAUAAUGGACGUGUACAACAGAUAUAUCUAUCCCGGUGAUGAAGCUGCUAAAGCGGCCAUAAAACGAAAAGUGGAGCUGAGACCUGGAACGGGAGAUGAGCUGUACCUAAGACUUGUGUCAGAGAAUUUAUCGAGAUCAUUGGCAGAAUUCACUCCGGAACUGACAAUUUACAAUGCGGGAACAGAUAUCCUUGAAGGUGAUGUGCUUGGUCGUCUGAACAUUACUGACCACAAAAGGUAGAAUGCAAGCAAGCUGGUGGCAGAUAUCCAUAACUAGAACCCAAGACUAGGGCAAAAUAAAUAAAAGAGGGAUGCAACUCGAACCAACACCUUACGACCAACUUGGAGGCAGUGUCGACUCAGUGUUCUCGAGUUCCAACUCUGCAGCUCUGCCCACAAACAACCUUGUGUCAGCUUAAUUUGCCAAGAGAGCAACAUUCUCUUUAAAAAUGCCUAUUGGGAUGUGUGUGUGGUGCAGCUUUUAAAAACGAAAAUUUAUUUUUCAGCUACGUCUACACAAUUAGUAACCAAUGCCAAUUACUAAUACUGUAGAAUCUCGAUGAUACGAAUCUCACGGGGUAGCGGAAAAAAUUCGUAUCAUCCGAAAUUCAUAUGAAAAUAAUUAAACCAAAAUAAAAAUUGA